GAGGGGGAGUAACAGGCGUAUAUUAAGAAUGAAUAGAAUGACAAGAUGGCUGUGACAGAGAGAUAUUAAGAGAAAGAUAGAAAGGGAUAGAGAGAGAGACAGAGAGAGAGAGAUUCAUGUAAACCCAGGGGUGUCAGUGUUGCCAUACAGACAAAGGUAGCACCGUAGUGCAUGUGGUCUCUCUCACGCACACACACACUCUCGCACACACACACACACACACUCGCACACACCGGCAUUACAACUGCGUAGGAGUCAGACAGAAGAGGAAUGCCACUGGCUUGCACACGGAGUAGCCUCACAUUCAUAACUUAACAACAACAGGCACACAAGACACACACAUGCACGCACGCACGCACACGUACACACACUCAAUCAAUCGCAGACACAGACUCUUUGUGUGGCUGGAAACAUGGGGCUCGUCAUGGGGACCUUUUCCAUGCAGAGCAAUAAGCAGGAUCGGACCUAUCGGAAAGACCUCUGACAACAUGGGCGCUGUGGUGGGCACGUUAACCAUGGGGGAGAGGACCAAGGGGGAGAGGAGGAGGCCAUCCAGAGAUAAAAUAGAUGAUGAUUUUGAGUUGAGCAUUGUGUGUCAUCGGCCAGAAGGGCUGGAUAAACUAGAGGCUCAGACCAACUUCAGCAAGCAAGAGCUGCAAGUGCUCUACCGAGGCUUCAAAAACGAGUGCCCUAGUGGGGUGGUGAAUGAGGACACCUUCAAACAGAUAUACGCACAGUUCUUUCCCCAUGGAGAUGCCAGUACCUACGCACACUACCUGUUCAACGCCUUUGAUUCAGCACACAGUGGAUCCAUCAAGUUUGAGGGCUUUAUCAUGGCGUUGUCCACCCUGCUGAGGGGUUCAGUGAGGGAGAAACUGACGUGGACGUUCAACCUGUACGACAUCAACAGAGAUGGCUACAUCAACAAGGAGGAGAUGACAGACAUCGUCAGUGCGAUAUAUGACAUGAUGGGAAAGUACACCUACCCUGCCCUGAAGACAGACACUCCCAAACAACAUGUGGAUGCCUUCUUCCAGAAGAUGGACAAGAACAGAGAUGGAGUAGUCACUCUGGAUGAGUUCAUUCUGUCCUGCCAGGAGGACGAAAACAUCAUGAGGUCCCUGCAGCUCUUCAAAAAUGUCAUAUAGACCACACAGAGAAAAGGAGAGAAAAGACACAGAGAAAGAAAGACCGGGAGGAAUUGGAAGAGAUGCUUGAGCUGUGAGAAGGAAAAGCAGCCCGCCAUUUAAUGGAAAAAAGAGGCACAAAUAAACUUUGUAGUCACCAUGGUUACGAGAGGUACUCAACACCGGCUGCCCAACAACAGCUAUACACACCAGUCGUGUGGCACAGUGUCUCACCAUCAUGUUACCAUGGCAGUGACCAUCAACGGGCUGGGUUAUGACCCUUGCCAUUGACCUCUGACCCCUGUACCUGUUUUUGAACUUCCUGUGACUCUGUAACCUUUCACCCUAGUCCUCUCUGUCUUGUUCUGUUGAUGUUGUUAUGGUUACUGAUCUCUCUGAGAGUGUAUAUCACACCUGUUAGUGUACCUACUGACAAACACACACAAAGAUUAAGGCAUACACACAUACCUUGGAUUGAAUCCUCAAUCGACUACCAAAUAACAAAUACACAAUCAAUACAUUUCCAUCUGUAAAAUUCAUCUGAUCGGUAUUUGACCUUUAAGAAAAAUACAUUUGAACCAAGUCAGUCCUAACCCUGCUAAAUGCAGAACUCCUACAGAAUGUGUGUUAGUGUUAUUCAAUAUUUUUGGUGUUGUGGUAACUUGUGUCAUAGUGUUUUUGGCUUCUAUCUUUCUGUCUGCAAUGAGCUCUUUUCAUCUGUGUCGUGGUUGGUCUCUUUGUCUGUCAAUCUAAGUCAUGGCCAGACGACAUCCCGCCCACAGAGCCUGGAUUGGAUGUUAUGUGGCCUAUGAUAGACAUAUACAGUGGUAGGAAGUUAUUGCAAGUCCCAUUUUGAAGUGUAUUCUUAUGUGGGAUAUUACGACUGUACAGUAACAACUCUCAAGACAAUACCCAACCACUCACUGUGACCACAGAGAGAGAGAGAGAAAGAGACCUUGUCACUGAGAAUACAGGAAUAAAGCCAUGAGAGAUGACAUUAGCCUAAUCAAUGUGAAGAUUUACUGACAAGAAAAUACUAAAUCCCUUUCCUCACAGUUAUCUCACAGAAAACAUCAGUGUAUUCAAAUGUG